GUACGAAGAGGUGAUGUGCUUUCAGCAUGGGCUGGCAUCAGGCCUCUUGUACAAGACCCUAACAAGGCAGACACCCAGAGUAUUGCGCGUAAUCAUAUCGUCCACGUCAGUGAUUCAGGACUUGUGACGAUUGCAGGAGGGAAAUGGACAACGUACCGUUCUAUGGCAACAGAGACCCUAGAUGCUGCUAUCCAGAGUUGUAGCCUAUCUCCUGUUCACCAGGAAUCUCAGACAGAUGGCCUCCUUCUGGAAGGUGCCCACAGCUGGACACCCACCAUGUUCAUCAGACUUGUGCAAGACUUUGGCCUUGAGUCUGAGGUGGCGAAGCACCUUGCCCACACUUAUGGAGAUCGGGCUUUCAGCGUUGCAAAGCUGGCGUCACUCACUGGAAAACGGUGGCCAAUUGUUGGACGAAGGUUGCACAGUGAGUUCCCCUACAUUGAUGCAGAGGUGAAAUAUGCAUGUAGGGAAUAUGCGGCUACUGCAGUUGACAUCAUUGCAAGAAGGUUACGUCUGGCUUUCCUCAAUGCCCAGGCAGCAGAAGAGGCUCUGCCAACCAUCGUUAAUAUAAUGGCUGAGGAGCUGAAGUGGUCUGAGAAAGAGAAAAAGAAUCAGUUAGCUGCAGCUGUGAAGUUCCUUCAGCAAGAAAUGGGUCAGAAUGUGAACAGAGCAUCACGUGAAAAAAUUCCAAUCAACCUCUCCAAGAGUGAAAUCAGUGACUACAUAAAGCGCUUCAAUUCCCUGGACACUGACAAGAAAGGCUAUAUCUCACUUAAUGAUCUAAGGAUGUCCCUGAAGAAUGAUGGAGAGAGGAUUAAUCUAGACAAGCUGCAUGAAAUCUUGAAUGAGGUAGAUGUCCACAAGCACGGGCAAGUCGAAUUCCCAGAUUACGUACAGGCGAGAGGUCAAGAUGUUCCUGGUGAAACUCUCCAUGAGAUUCUGAAGGAGAUCGAUCUUAAUCUUAAUGGGCAGGUGGAAUUAGAUGAAUACCUACAGAUGAUGGCAGCUAUUAAGGCUGGCUCCAUCUCUCACUCGAGAUUUGCCCAGCUGGCUGAAAUGGCUGAGGAAGACCAACGCAAAAAAAUCACAGUGGAACGCAGUGGUGGAGGGGUCUAGCAGUAGACCUGAGCCUAGGCAGAUUUCAAGACAUUGGAGGUCCAUUAUCCCAGGUGAUGGGAUGGAGAAGCUUGUGCAAUUGGGAACAUGGAUGAUCUGUACCAUGUAACUGGAGUUAAGCAGUCUGGCCAUUAGAAUGAGGUCUAUGCAGUUAAUGAAAACUGCAAUAGAUUCUCCUGGUGAGAAGUGUGUGCUGUACUUCAGCAUUUAUAUUUACACUUCUCUUGUCACUGUAAUGGAUAAGAAAUUAAAAGGAAUUGAAAUUAAUCUGAAAUUGAUUUGAUGGCACAAUCUAUUUAACUUAGUUGAAACUAAAAUUUAAGUAAGUAUGAUUUGAUUCUUAGUUUAAAUUAAAAUGUGACAAAUCUGACUCCCAAAAUAUUGGGUCACACUUUUAAAGGAUUACAUAUGUUCCAUGAUAUCAAUUAUAUAUUUGAUAGAUAUAGUGAAAUAUAUAGUGUUAAAGGCUCAAUAUAUGUACCCAGUUUUGAUGUGUAGAUUAAAAAAGGCAUAAACUGAUAAAUAUGCAUGGUUUUAAAGCUGGUCUUGACCCUGUGGUGAAAAAAAUGCUGAUAUGCCAAAACUGUAUUUUUCUUCAAAAGAAAGUAAAAGACUUGUUAUUUU